CCCGACGCGUAGCGGAGGGCAGUAAACUUCAUUCUCGGGAGGAAAAGUAACACUUUCCUCCCUUGUUAUACAAAUAGCUAUUUUUCACGGUGGAAAAAGUGAACAUUUACGCAUCAAUAGAAAUGCAGAAAUGCCUAGUUUUUUGACAGUUGUUCAAAAAAAUAUUCAUAAUUUUGCAGUUUCCAAAACAUAAAUUAACAACUCCUAUGUUUUACAGAAAAUGAACAUCUCACUGGCAAAUUCUACGUUCAACGAAUCCGACCUGGAACAGGAAUUCGUAUUCAAUCGUGGAGUUGAAGAAUUGGCUUCCAGAAUAUUCUUAGAAUUGUUCACCAUCUUGUCUUUCAUAUGCAUUGCCUUCAACAUCAUCAUCAGUUUCGUCAUCUUGAGAUACCGAAGACUUCGAGAGGAAAAAUCGAACAUUAUUUUACUUCAUUGGGCGAUUAUGAAUUCUCUUUUCAUGUUGUCUACGCCUACGAAUUACAGAUUCAUGCACGAUUUUUCAGAUGCAAUCGAUUACUUAUCGGUGUAUUGUAUAGUAGAACAAUUUGAACACACCUUCCUCUUAGCUGAUAUUCUUCUAAUUACGUUUCUUGUGAUAUACUGGUAUCUAAGAUUAUAUUACCCAAGUAAAUUUCAGAAUAUUGUUAAAUAUUUUGUUAUUUAUAUUAGUUGUUUGUAUGUAUUAUGUGUUAUUAUCCUGGCUGUUGAAAUACAUUCGUGUAACAAUAACAUAUUCGGUUUGGCGCAAAUCACCUUAUUUUUAUCGUACUUGCUAUUUUUUCUCUUCAUGGUUAUCAUGAAUAUAAUUCAUGCAGUCAGAAAAAAAAGUUUGCCUCAUAACUCCAAUAAACGAAAUUUGCCAUUCGUUCUGUCGAAUACCUUUUUUGUUUGUUAUAUCCCAAUUGUUGUUUCUCUUUUCCUUGGGUUAUUGAUAGAAUUCAAUUAUAUAGUUUUGUUAGCUACUAUAUACACAACUUUUUUCAUAUCAAUAAUGACACCUGUAUACUUUUUUAUGAUACUGUAUAAAUACGACGAUGAUUUCCAUACAUUUUUCAGACAUGUACUUACUUGUAAAUGUAGGCAGUACCAGGAAGAAUUUCAGGAACAGCAAGUUGUUUAUAAUAACGAUGUUAACGUUGAUGAAAAUAAAUGUUGAAGAGAU